AUGCUGUUCGCCAAGAACUACAUGACACUACGUCGCAAAAUGGUUCAGAACCAGAUUGAAGCGCGUGGUAUCCACAAUCCCCAAGUGCUUGCUAUUAUGCGAAAGGUGGAGCGGCACCUGUUUGUAAAACCGCAAUACCUCAAUGUGGCGUAUCAGGAUGGAGCGUUACCAAUCGAUUGUGACCAAACGAUCUCACAACCGUAUAUUGUCGCAUUGAUGACAGACUUGCUGGAGCUCACCCCAACUUCAAAAGUCCUUGAGAUCGGAACGGGUUGUGGUUAUCAAACAGCGAUACUGGCAGAAUUGGCGAGAGAUGUUUAUUCUGUUGAGAUUAUAUCCGGACUUGUCAAAAGUGCGAAAGCGCGAUUAGAGACACUCAACUAUCGAAACAUUCAUCUCAAAAAAGGAGAUGGGUAUUACGGUUGGCGAGAACACGCGCCUUAUGAUGCUGUGCUUGUCGCGGCAGCACCUACGGACGUGCCGGAGCGGCUCAUUCAGCAACUCAGGCCAGGUGGUAGGAUGGUGAUUCCUGUCGGUGGUUCUGAACAAAAUCUCCUUUUAAUUCAAAAAGGACUUCAAACUGAUGAGAAUUCGAUACAAUCUCUCGAAACCACCGAGAUUAUCCGUGUCCGUUUUGUCCCAAUGACAAGUGGACUGAAUUAA